AUGGCGGGUUGUUGCUACAAGAAGCGUCCUUGUUUUGCAGACAUUUUGCAGCUGACAGCAGAUACACAGCCUUCACUCACAGCAAAUUCUGUUUGGGGUCUACUGAGGGGCCUGGAGUCCUUCAGCCAAAUCGUAUACCCCUACAAUGCCGUUGAGUUCGCUGUGAACGAGACGGUGAUAUACGACGCCCCCAGAUUCAAACAUCGCGGUCUUCUCAUCGACACAUCCAGGCACUACCUUCCGCUAAAAAAGAUCAUCGAGACACUGGACGCUAUGGCCUACAAUAAGAUGAACGUCCUCCACUGGCACAUGACCGACGACCAGUCCUUUCCGUUUGUCAGCCGAACGUUCCCAGCAAUGAGCGAAAAGGGUGCCUAUGAUCCCGAAACGCACGUAUACAGGCCCACUGACGUACAGUAUGUGAUCAACAUGGCAGCGUCCAGAGGCAUCCGCGUCAUGGUAGAAUUCGAUACACCCGGUCACACCCUGUCCUGGGGCCAGGCGUACCCCGAGUUGCUCACCACGUGCUACGACGGCGACGUUCCCACUGGGGAACUCGGGCCUGUUGACCCGACGCGCAAUGAAACGUACGUUUUCAUGAGUCAGUUUUUCACGGAGGUCGCACGCGUGUUCCCAGACCAGUACCUGCACCUGGGAGGAGACGAAGUCAGCUUCGACUGCUGGAAGUCGAACCGAAACAUCACAAGCUUCAUGCAAAAAAAUGGAAUCUCUCGUUUCGAAAAACUGGAGGAGCACUACAUACAAAGAUUGCUAGAGAUAGUCUACACCUUGCGAAAAAGCUAUGUGGUUUGGCAGGAGGUGUUCGACAACAAUGUUAAGAUUGCUCCUGACACUGUGGUACACGUGUGGAAGCCGCAGCACAAGGAGGAGCUGGCCUCGGUAACGUCUGCUGGCUACAAGGCCCUGCUAUCGACUUGUUGGUACCUGGACUACAUAUCGUACGGUCCUGACUGGAAGAAGUACUACGCCUGCGACCCGCACGAUUUUUCAGGCAAUCCUCAACAGAAGGCUCUAGUGAUCGGCGGCGAAGUCUGCCUUUGGGCAGAAUACAUAGACGCCACAAAUAUCAUUAGCAGGACUUGGCCCAGGGCAUCGGCGGCGGCUGAACGGCUCUGGAGUCCAGGCAUGGUGGACAGUGUGGAUGAGGCAGCGCCCAGGCUUGAGGAGCACCGCUGCAGGAUGAGGAGACGCGGACUCAUGAUUGAGCCUCAGAAUGGUCCUGGUUUCUGCGAUUGUGACAACGCCAUCUAAUCUCUGGAAGCUUCAGCAAGAGAACUACUUCCGCAUUUAAGAUAACAGAUAGCCUGCGAUGUCUCAUGAGUUAUGGUGGUUCGAAAUGCCAACCGCUCUUUCGAUGUGUUGUAACUGCACCAACCACCGUCCACGCUUCCAGUAAAAGUGCAGAACUUGACACUUGGUUUCCCGAUGUUAUGUCACCGCUCAGAUCGCGUGCGCUAUCUCUUUAAAAUUCUCUGUUACGCUCACAACAGCUAGUUCAUGAAAUUUGCUAAUCUCAGCGUUUUCGCCAAUAACCCCAAUAAAUAAGGUCCCUCCACGGGUGGAAAGACAAUUCUCAGAAUGUUUACCAGUACCAAACAAGAAAAAUAA